AUGAACUAUGUUCUCGUUCGGCGGCGUGAUCGACGGGACGUGAUGGUGAUCAUGGCGAUCUACGACACCGAUGGCUGGACGGACCACCGUCUCGUCCUCUUCAAAAUGAAGCGCCAUCUGCAAGCCCUCAGGAGAUCUCAAGGUAAGCGACUCCCAGGUAAGCUGAAUAUUGCUUGGUUGUCCUAGCCUGCUCGCCGUUUGCAUUUCAGCAAUCAACUGACUCAGCGGCUUGAAGACCUGCCGGCAGCAGAUGGAAACGCCUCCGUGGAGAUCCGGUGGUGCCGACUACGGGACGCCGUUCAAUCGACCGCCUUGGGUAUCCUCGGCCGCGCACGUAACCAACACCAGGGCUGGUUAGACGAAAAUGACGCCGUCAUCAGUCACCUGCUGGCCGAGAAGAACAGACAGCCAAGAGUCUACCUCGACCGCCAAACAAGUGCGAACGAAGCGGCCUUCUACCAAUGUCGCCGCGCAGCGCACCAAGGGUUGCGAGGGAUGCAGGACUCCUGA